AUGGGCAUAUUGGUUCCCAGUUGGGUUGGGCGAAGCGAAGAUCCUAACCGGGCUCAAUCCGAGUUCCCCGGGCAGGAAGCAGUCAAGGGAGAGAGGACGUCCGUUCCAGAGCCAGGUCAAUCUUCCACAUGGGCCAACAUCACCGCACUACCCGUUGAACUGCUAUGGCAGAUUGCAGGCCACCUGGACACUACAGACAUCGCACAUCUAGUCCAUACCUGCACACGCUUCCGCUCCUCAAUCAAGCCAUAUCUUUAUGAGACAAUCAACUUGGCCUCUGAGAAGGGAUAUUUGAAGGCGUUAAAAUUGUUGACAGUGGUUGAUAAAGAUUCAACCCUGGCUGGACUCAUCAAAACGCUCGAGAUCGGCGAUCUGAGAAAAGAGGAUACCAAAGAGGUGGACGAAUGGGUGAGAACAGUGGGGUGGGAGACCAGCCCAUCAGCGGAUGAAAGCGUCGCACGCUUGCUAUCUCAAUUGAGCAGCCUUAGGUCAUUUCGCCUUAACCACCUUCAUGGCGAGGUGCACUUAGCCGCUUUUAACUUUGCCACGCUGCCAACCCUCACCACGCUCAAAGUGCUGGCGGAAUCUCUAGUAUCGCGUCAAGCACUAAUCAAUCAUCUGCCUCCCGCAUUGGAAUGUCUUUACGUGAAAGAGGCGAGCAAUGAAGCGAACCAACACACCUUGCCCCAGUUGCUGAUAGACUAUAUCACCGCAGCAGCAGAGCUAAAGCUCGUAUCCAUUCAAUCAGACACCGAAUAUUGGAGUGACAAAGCCGAGUUGUUGGACAACGCGUGUGAGAAUUGUGGAGUGGAACUAGAACUUCAAUACCGAGAACUCCGAGGAGGCCGUGAACCCUGGGCUUUCAGUUGA